GACUUGAUUUCAGAGACAGAGUGUGUGCGAGCGAGUAGAAGAAGAAGAAGAAAGAGAAAAAAAAGCCCAAAGAGAGAGAGAGAGAGAGAAUAAGGAAAGGAAAGCAAAUCAAAUCAAAAUUCAAUCAGAUCGAAUACAAUCUUGACGUCCGCGGCAACAAAGGAUUCUCUCUCUACUUUCUCUCUCUAAAAAAACGCAGCUUGAGAACAGAACAGUGCCCACCCCUCCCUCCUUCACUGAAUACAGAAGAAGAAGAAGAAGAAGAAGAAGAAACCCUAGAGAAAGAAAGAAAGAAGCACGUCAACUCAACUCAACAGAUAUUCUUCAGCACAAUUCAAAUUCCAUUUUCCUUUGAUCACUUCGAUUCUAUUCUAUUCUAUUCCAUUCCAUUAUUCUCAACACUGUUUCUCUUUAAUUUUCAACUAGCGAGAUUCAUUCGAAAGGCGUUUGAAGAUAGCACAUUUCAAUGGAGGUAGCACAAUUGCAACUUUUACUCCUUUGUUUUGGUGGCACAUGAAGGGCUUGGACUUUGGGUUGAAAUACUAUCUGGGUAGAGAGAGUUUUCAUUUUAUUUUUUUAUUUUAUUUUUUAUUUUUGUGGCAUGUGGUUUCUCACAAGCUUGCUGCGUAAUUGGUAGUUUGUUGAGCUCAUGUUUUGUGUUCUUAGUUGUUUUGCUUAGGUGAGUGAUUGUUUUUAAAGAGAGUAGUAUUGAAAGAAUGGUACCUCCGGGGCCACCCACUCCGAUUGGUGGUGCCCAGUCUGUGCCACCUUCGCUUUUGAGAUCGAAUUCAGGUGUGUUGGGGGGUCAAGGGGGUCCUGUGCCUUCACAGACUUCUUUCCCUUCGCUAGUAUCGCAGCGAACGCAGUAUAACAAUAUGAACAUGCUAGGCAACAUGAACAAUGUUACUUCUUUGCUGAACCCAUCUUUCCCGAAUGGAAUUCCAAAUUCUGGGCUCCCUGGUCCUGGAAGUAGCCAGCGCGGAGUUGUUGAUAAUGGGGCUGAACCGGAUCCGCUAUCCGGUGUUGGCAAUGGAAUGAGCUUCGGCAAUCCUUCUUCAUCGUUUGUGCAACCAAAUAUGGUGAACACUGGUUCUUCUGGUCAGGGUCAGGGUCAGGGUCAGGGUCAACAAUUUCCAAACCCUUCGAGUAACCAGUUGUUGUUGGAUCAACAGCAUUCCCAACAACUUGAACCUCAAAAUUUCCAGCACACUCAGCAGUCAAUGCAACAAUUCUCUUCUUCAAUGAACACCCAACUACAACCGCAGCAGCAGCAUUUUCAAUCAAUUCGAGGAGGGAUAGGUGGUAAUGGACCGGUAAAGUUGGAGUCCCAGCUAAACAAUGAUCAGUUUGGGCAGCAACAGCAGCAGUUGCCAUCAAUGAGGAGCCUUGCUCCAGUUAAAUUGGAGCCGCAACAACUUCAAACAAUGAGAACUCUGGCACCAGUAAAAAUGGAGCCCCAGCAUACUGAUCAACCAUUUUUGCAUCAGCAACAACAACAACAGCAACAACAGCACCAGCAGCAACAACAACAACAACAGCAACAACUCCUCCACAUGUCAAGGCAAUCGUCUCAGGCUGCUGCUGCGCAGAUUAAUCUUUUGCAUCAGCAGAGACUUCUGCAAUACCAACAACAUCAGCAGCAACAACUCUUAAAGGCAAUGCCUCAACAACGGUCCCAGCUACCACAGCAGUUUCAACAGCAGAAUAUAAGGUCUCCUGCGAAACCAACAUAUGAACCUGGGAUGUGUGCUAGGCGGCUGACGCAUUACAUUUAUCAGCAACAACAUAGACCUGAAGAUAACAACAUCGAUUUUUGGAGGAAAUUUGUUGCUGAGUAUUUUGCUCCUAAUGCCAAAAAGAAGUGGUGUGUUUCUAUGUAUGGAAGUGGCAGACAAACAACUGGAGUUUUCCCUCAGGAUGUAUGGCACUGCGAAAUAUGUAAUCGCAAACCUGGCCGUGGGUUUGAAGCAACUGCUGAGGUUCUUCCCAGGCUUUUCAAAAUAAAGUAUGAAAGUGGUACUUUAGAAGAAUUACUUUAUGUUGACAUGCCUCGCGAGUAUCAUAAUUCCUCUGGUCAGAUUGUUCUAGAUUAUGCAAAAGCAAUACAAGAAAGCGUUUUUGAGCAACUUCGUGUUGCUCGUGAUGGGCAACUUCGAAUAGUUUUUUCUCCAGACCUGAAGAUAUGCUCUUGGGAAUUUUGUGCUCGGCGCCAUGAAGAGCUUAUCCCCAGAAGAUUGUUAAUACCUCAGGUUAGUCAGCUUAGAGCAGUUGCUCAAAAAUACCAGGCAUUUACUCAAAAUGCAACAGCCAAUAUAUCCGUUCCAGAGUUACAAAAUAAUUGCAAUAUGUUUGUUGCAUCAGCACGUCAAUUGGAAAAAGCUUUAGAAGUUCCAUUGGUUAAUGAUUUAGGUUAUACAAAGCGAUAUGUGCGCUGCCUACAGAUAUCAGAAGUGGUAAAUAGUAUGAAAGACUUGAUAGAUUACAGCAGAGAAACCGGGACUGGACCUAUGGACAGCUUAGCCAAAUUUCCUCGGAGAACGAGUGGUUCAUCUGGACCUAGUCAAUCUCAACAGUCUAAAGAUCAAAUACAGCAGCAGCAGUCACAGCUGCAGCAGCAGUCACAGCUGCAGCAGCAACAACAGCAUAUGGUGGCCCAUACCUCCAAUGGUGAUCAAAACCCUGUGCAAACUGCUUCAAGCAAUGGUGUGGCUAGUGUAAAUAAUGCUGUCAAUUCAGCAUCUGCAUCAACCACCACAAGCACCAUUGUUGGACUUCUCCACCAGAACUCUAUGAAUUCUAGACAACAUAAUUCAAUGAACAAUGCAAGCAGUCCAUAUGGAGGUAAUUCUGUUCAGAUUCCAUCCCCAGGUUCCGGUACGGUGCCACAAGCACAACCAAACCCAUCUCCUUUUCAACCACCAACACCCUCCUCAUCUAACAACCUCACACAGACAUCUCAUCCUGUCUUAACAUCUGGCAAUCACAUGACUUCCGCAAACUCACCAGCUAAUAUUUCCUUGCAACAACAGCAGACAUCUCUUACUGUUGAAGCCAACCCUAGUGAUGAUCAGAGCUCAGUCCAGAAAAUCAUUCAUGACAUGAUGAUAUCCUCCCAGAUGAACGGCACAGGUGGAAUGGUAGGUGCUGGUUCUCUUGGAAAUGACGUUAAGAAUGUAAAUGGGAUUUUACAAGUGAGUGGCAAUGCUGGGCUCAACAGUGGCAAUGUCCUUGUGGGUAAUGGUGCUGUGAACGGUAAUUCAAGUGUUGGGGUUGGUGGUUAUGGCACAAUGGGUCUUGGUUCUUCUGGUAUGGCGAAUGGAAUGAGACCUGCAAUAGGAAAUAAUUCAGUCGUGAAUGGAAGGGGAGCAAUGGCAUCUAUUGCUCGGGAUCAAGCUAUGAAUCAUCAACAGGAUUUGUCAAGUCAACUACUUAAUGGGCUAGGAGCAGUAAAUGGUUUUAAUAGUCUUCAAUUUGAUUGGAAACCGUCUCCAUGAGAGCCUUUGUAAUCUUAUGGAUGUUGUGUGGUUCUUGGGCAGCUGCUUGUGCAGCAUGAGAAAUGCUAGAAUUGCCUUCGGUCCCCUGAUGAUGGCAGAACGCAGUCGGUUAGUGAUAGGUCGUUGUACUAAUCUGUUAUUUUAUAUAUAUAAAAAUGAAAAUUUGUUGGCUGGUUAUUUGGCUGAUGGGGUUUUUUUUUUGUUUUGAAUUCAAAUGUAACCUCUUAUUUUUAUAUUUUUUAAAGUAUCUUUAUGGCGUUCACAAAAAUUGCCCGUUACACACAAACACACGCAAGAAUGUUGAUGUUUUGGGCUGAUUGGGAGCUAUGCAUCAGCGGUGAGUUUGUUUGGUACCAUGUCUGGUUUUUUAGUCCCCAAAAGGAGUUUGUUUCCUUUUGAGACAGAGCUAGAAAGGCUGAGGGCAUUG